AUGCUCUGGAGCAUUUGAAAGAUGAUGAGUGAGUAAGUGAUGACAGGGAAGAUUCAAGAUCGGAACAAGUUUGGAUAAGAAAAAGUUUGGUCACUCUGUUAGUCAACAUUGUAUCUCUAUGUAAGUGUCUAGUAAAAGUUGAAAGAAUUGAAAUGUUUACCAAAUUGGAUUAAACAAUUGGAAUACAAUUGAAACAAUUAACAAUAAAUAUCAAAAGACGAAUCUCAAAAUGGAUUUACUCAAUUCAUCAUAUUUCAUCUGUUUUUAUAUCAUACUCAAUGUUGCUAAAGAGGUUUGGUCACUUGAAAUAACACAAUUUGUUGUACCUAAAUUAGCCGUUGUUGGCAAAUCGUAUGAACUUAAAUGUUCAAUUAGAGCAAAUGAAGGUAAAUUGGCAAUCAUUAAAUGGUAUCGAAACGAUUCGGAAAUAUAUCGAGUUCAAAUUAAACCAGCAAAGACCAAAAUAUUUCCUGCAGUUGGAAUCAAUAUUAAUGUAAGUAAAACACAUUCAGCAUUUGUCACAAACCCAUCAAACUAG